ACACUUGUCAUAGAGAGAUAGCUGGUGCAUUUUGAAAGUAAGACGAUGGCGGCCGUCGUUCGCCUUCAAAGUCUUCAGGGGCUACGAAAAGCGUCGACAUCAGUGAUAUCAAGACGUGCUAUUAAUUCUUCGAGUAAAAAGUGCGAAUCGAAGAUUCCGGAAAUAACUUUUGCUCCACCACCUAAAACUAAUUGGGUGAGCUAUGGGUUCGACUACAAAGACAAAACCAUCGACCGAAAUGUUACCAAAAAUACACUUUUUAUGACUAUCACCGUCAUGAUGGUAUUUGGAGGAUUUUUAUUAAGCUAUUUGCCAGACCCACAACUACGAGAUUGGACUCAGCGAGAAGCCUACCUAGAAAUUCGGCGGAGAGAGGAGCUCGGCCUUCCUCAUAUCGAUUGCAACUUGGUAAAUCCUGCUAACAUAGUUCUUCCCACUGACGAAGAACUGGGUGAUACAGAGAUUAUCAUUUAGAAGAAGGCAACUAUCUCAUUUCUCUGGAUAAUUGAAAUUGAUAUAAAUAGUUGAUAUUCUAUAGAUUAAUAUUAUGAUUCCACAGUCGAUAACAUACCAAACAUGUGAUACGUUCAUUUGCAAUUCACAUACUGUAUGCUAUUACGAGCCUGUUAUUAUAGUAACAACAUUCAUCAGCAAAUAAUAAAAUCGUUUGUGGAAA